AUGCCUCCUGCCAUUUCAGACGAAGAGAUGUCCGAUCCUCUCUCUGCCGAUGAGGAAGUCCUUCCCUCUAAGAAACCCGCAACCAAGAAGGCCGCCAAAUCAAAUGCCAAGUCCGCCAAACAAGAGGUCGAGGAAGACGAUGUCAAGAAUGGCGACGCCGAAGCCGCCGACGACGAUGAAGACGAUGAAGACGAUGAAGACGAUGAAGACAACGCCGAUGAAUAUGUCGUUGAAAAGAUCUUGAACCACGCCUUUGAUAACGGCAAAGACUGUCUCUACGAAGUGAAGUGGCUCGGCUACGAGGCCAAAGAGGACCGCACUUGGGAGCCCGAGGACAACCUUUCCGGUGCCAUGGAUGUACUAAAGGCUUACUGGGAUAAGAUUGGUGGCAAGCCUCAGGCAAAACCAAAGACUCCAGCAAAGAAGGGUACCAAGAGAAAGUCGAUGGCUCAAGAUACUCCCGAACUUCUCGACUACUAUGAGUCGAAAUUGUACGGCAAUUCCUCCAAAUCCACCCGCCGAAGACGUUCCACUAACAAGGCCUAG